CUCUUCUGAAAGCAAACCUGUGUGACAACAAGGAGGCAGACUUCCAAAAGAACAUUGCACUCUGCUCUAAAUCAGAAGAGGGAGCUUGAACUUCACUCUUCUGAAAGCAAACCCGGGUGACUGUUUCCUCCAGUGCAUCAGCAAUGACUUUCUGGGAGACUGUGCUUUGCACUUUCUUAGCUUGCCUCUUGGCAACCCUACUUGGUGGACUCCAUAAAAUAGGAGCAUUUCGCAAGAGGAAACCCAAGGAACCCCCCUUGGAAAAAGGCUUCCUUCCAUGGAUCGGACACGGGCUAAGUUUCAUUCGGAGCCCUGAAGUGUUUUUGGAAAGGAUGCGGAAGAAACAUGGGGAUAUUUUCACAGUUUUGCUCAAAGGCAAUUACAUGCAUUUUUUGAUUGAUCCUUCUACUUAUGAACCCUUAAUGAAUGUAUCAAAACAAGUGCUGAGUUAUAGUAAAUUUACAUCAAUGGUGGCACGUAAUAUUUUUAGCCUUCCUUGCACAGAAUCUCUGCUACAUAGUUUUAAAAAAAUCAGUGAUAAGUAUCUCGGAGGGAAGUAUCUACCUGUCCUGAACCAGGUGAUGAUGGAGAAGUUGAAGUCUGUGAUUCUUCUCAAUCACAAUUCAGGUGAGGGGAAAAGAUCUUGGCAGCAGGAGGGAGUCCUCCACUUUACCUACAAAACUGUAUUCCAAGCCUCUUUUCUGACUUUAUUUGGCAAUGAGCCACAGAAAGAUGUAGACAGCAAAGAAAAUGCUAAGGAGAAUGAAAUGACACAACGUGGAAACUUCUCUGAAAAUUUUGAGAAAUUUGACAGUUUCUAUCCCCAUAUGGUCACCGGCAUCAUAGACCCUCUAAGCAAGAAGGAGACAGAGAACUUGAAGAAGUACUUCUGGGACAUUCUCUCAGUAGAAAAGUUGUAUCAAAGGGACGGCAUCAGCAAUUGGGUAGCUGAGCAAGAUCAGCAUGUGGCUGAGACUGGGAUGACUGAAAAGAUACGGACUCAACUUCAGCUGCUGCUUCUAUGGCUAUCUCAAACUAACAUUGUCAAUGCUUCUUUCUGGAUUCUUCUGUAUCUCCUGAAAUAUCCAGAAGCAAUGAAGGCAGUGAGGGAAGAAGUGGACAGAAUUCUAAGAGAGACCGGUCAGGAGGACAAGACAGGCGGCCCCUUCAUCAGCGUGUCCUUGGAUAUGAUCAAAACUCCUCUUCUGGACAGUGCAAUAGAGGAAACUCUGCGCUUGAAUGGGUCUAUUUUUCUCUACAGAACCGUGAUGCAGGAAAUGGAUAUUAAGAUGGCCGAUGGCAAAGAAUAUACUCUCCGGAAAGGUGAUGAUCUUGUGCUUUCUCCUUUUCUUGCACUGCAAACAGAUCCAGAAAUCCACCCUGACCCUCACACAUUCAAAUAUGACAGGUUUGUGACCCCAGGUGGGAUAAAAAAGGAGUUCUACAAGAACGGGAAAAAGCUAAAGUAUUACAGUAUGCCUUUCGGUGGUGGAACUGGACUUUGUCCUGGGCGAUUUUUUGCUGUUAAUGAAAUGAAGAUGUUUGUCUUAUUGAUGCUGGCCUACUUUGACAUGGAACUGGUUAAUGCAGAAGAAGAAAUGCCUACGACAGAUGUAAGAAGACAUGGGUUUGGAAACACAAAACCAUCUCAUGAUGUUCAGUUCAAAUACCGAUUGAGAGUCUGAAGGGAACGUCAUUUAGGCUCAAAUCCUCUGCACAGUGGCCUGGAGUCAGCCCUUUGGAUUGCUUCCAAGAAAAUAUGCAUAGCAUUGCCCUAUCAAACCUGGUUUUUAUUUCGAACUAACAUGUGGGCUCACAGUUAAAUUCUUUUUCUUCUUCUUAAAAGUAUUAUUUUAUAAAUACAGAGUCUUUCGGCAUGUCUAUACCUAAGGAGGGGAGGGGGAGGUUCACACAAUAUGAUGAUCGUGAAAUCCUCCCCCUCAGGCGAUGUCCCGGGAGGAAGAGGAUGUCGCGCCUGCGUUUUUGUUUUUUGUUUCUUUAUUGAAAAUAAGCGCACAAACGCUCCAUUGAAAAGGUUAGGUUUUUUUAAAAAAAAUCCCACUUCCCACCCCCAUCCUGAUGGACAUGGAGCUCCUGAAUAGCUCCGUGCCCCAUGCCCAGUCCCCUCUUCCUCAUGUUUACUCCUGAGGAGCCAUGAAGAAACCAGGAUUUUUUUGUAAUUUUAAUUCCCAAAUAUUUAAUCUCCUCCUUAACUUUCAUUUCUAUUCCCUUAUGUUCCCAAUCCUUUUCUUCCUUCUUAGUAUAAUUAAACAACAUCAUCUCUGAUUUAGACCAAUUUAUUCUUAACCCUGUAAUUUCUUCAAAUUCCCUCAACUGAUAUUUAAUUCUUUCUAAUUUUCUUAUUGGGUUCUUAAUGGUCAAUAAAGUAUCAUCCGCAAACAUGUUUAACUUUAUUUCCCUUACCUCUCCAAUUCCUUCUAACUCUUCAUCCUCCCUUAGUGCCUUCGCCAAUACUUCCAUAACCAUUACAAAAAGGACCAGCGAGAGCGGACAUCCUUGUCUUGUCCUCUGGCUAGUCGUAUCUUUUCAGUGAGUCCAUCAUUUACCACCACUACAGCUGUAUUUUGGGAAUAUAACUGUUCUAUUAUGUUUUUAAAUUUAUUUCCAAAUCCCAAUUUAUCUACAAUAAUCUUUAAUGCCUGCCAGCUCACACAAUUAAAAGCCUUAAAAAUAUCCAAUGCAAUAAUUCCUGCCUUGAUAUUUGAUUUUUUUAUUACAUUUAUUACAUUUAAAACUCUUCCCACUAGAUUAUGCAUCUGCCUUCCUGCCAUAAACCCACAUUGAUCUUCUCCUAUAUAUUCUGAUAUAAAUUUAUUUAACCAUUUAGCCAUAAUAGAUGAGAAAAUUUUGGCAUCCUGAUUUAUUAACGAGAUAGGUCUGUAAGAAUCAGGACUAGUCAGGUCUUUAUCUGGUUUUGGGAUCAGAAUUAUCAAUGAGUGUUCCCAUGAUUCAGGUAUCUUCUCUCCUAAUAAUAUCCUAUUAUAAAGUUCCAAUAGCUUUGGAACUAAAAAUUCUUUGAAGACCUUAUAAUAUUCUGGUCCUAAACCAUCUGCUCCCAGUGAUUUACCAACUUUUAAAUUAUCAAUGACAUCUUCAACUUCUCUUUGAGUUAUUACCUUCUCCAUUAACUCUUUAUAUUCUGGUUUUAUUCCAUUCUUUAUAAACCUUCCAAUAUACUCCUCCACCUUUUCUUGUUGAGUUUCUUUACCCUUAUAUAGUUCCUGAUAAAAUUCCUGGAAAAUUUUUAUUUUAUCUUUCAUUAUAUGACAAUAAUUCCCUCGAUUAUCCUUUAAUGCUUCUAUCAAUUAGAACAAUGGAAUAAAAAGUGGAUUAAAGAUAAUAAAGUUUGUAGAAAGAUGACGAAGUUUGAAGAGUUAAUAGUAAAUAAGGAAAAAGGAAAAGGAGGUAGUAUAGUUUUAAAAGGGUUAAUGAGUGAAAUAUAUAAAAUAUUAUUAGAAAAGGAGUUUAGAGAGAACUCAGAGAAAAUGGUAUGGGAGUCAGAUUUGAAGGUACAAAUAGGGCGACAGAGAUGGGAGGGACUAUGGAAACAAAGAGUGUUGAGAAGUUUAUCAGUGAGAAUAAAGGAGAACUAUUUUAAAAAUUUAUGGAGGUGGUACCUAACCCCGAUUAGAUUGAAUAAGAUAAAUGAUCAGCAUUCAGCAAAUUGUUGGAGAGGUUGUGGGGGAAAAGGAACGUAUUUACAUAUGUGGUGGCAAUGCAAAUAUGUACAAAGAUUAUGGAAGAUGGUGUUUUCAGAAAUUGAAGAAAUAGUGGGAAUGAAAAUAGAACAAACACCAAAGAUUGCAUUGCUGUCACUAUUUGAAGAUAUAAAGUGUGGAAAAGAAACUAUAGAGCUGAUAUCGAGUUUGCUGGUUGCAGCACGAUUGAUGGUAGCUAGGAACUGGAAGAUUCAAGGGGAAUAUUCUAUUGAAGAAUGGUACAAAGAAGUAUGGGAUAUAGCCAUGAAUGAUAAACUGACAUGUAAUAUUAAGUGGAGAAAAGGCGUAACUAAAAUAAAUGAGUUUGAAGGAAUCUGGAAACAGUUCCUAAUAUUUGUGUUUACUAAGGGAAGUGGGAAACCGCCAGCAGAAGAAACGAUCAGAUUUUGGACUCAGGAAUAGAUCCCGAGGUGGGGGGUGCACUUUUAUGUUAAGAAUGAUUAUGUUGUAGUAUGAUAAUGUAUAGGUAAUACUUAUUCAACAUAUAUGUACUCAACAUUUAUUCAAUAUGUAUGU